AUGCCGCGAGGACGAAAGCGAAUGACGCCUGCGAAAGAGAUGGAGGCAGCAUUGAUGGAGCCAGCGGUAGAAAAACUUGCGGAGAGAGAAAGAGAGAGACAGGGGGGGAGAGAGGGAGAGGGGAGGGAGGGACGGAGCGAGGGAGGGACGGAGGAAGGGAAAGAGGGUGGGAGGGAGAGAGGGUGGGAGGGAGAGAGAGAGAGAAAGAGAGAGAGAGAGGAGGGAGGUAGCGAGGAGGAGGGUCAGAGGGUCAGGGAGGAAAAAGGGCAGGGAGGGUGGUUGGGUGGGAGGGAGGGUCAGAAAGGGAGGGAAGUAGAAAGGGAGGGAGAGAGAGAGGAGAGGAGAGAGGGGAGGGGAAGGAGAGAAGGAGGGAGAGGAGGGAGGGAGUGA